AUGGCACGACUACAAACCUUAUUUUUCCUUGCUGCAUUUUCAUUUACAUCUGGUUUAGACUUUAAAACAAAACUUUUGACAAAACAAGGUAAGUUUCACUUUGUAGAUGCUAGUUCCUUUAACGGCAAGUAUGAAAAUACGGACGAUGAUGAAAAUAAUUAUUUUCUAAAAAGCUCCCUGGCAGCGAUUUCGUUUACUCAAUCAAAUAUGAAUUUAGAUUGUGCGAUCUGUGCAUUGGAUGAUAUUUUCAAUCCUCAAACAAAUUAUACAUGCUUUAAUAUGGGCCUGUCUGGAAUGACAAUAUGUACAUGUCCCGAUGGACAGUAUACUGUGAAUACACGAUGCAGAUUGUGCGAUAGACCGAAUCUAUGUGGUUCUGGUAAUAAUACUUAUUGUUCAGAAAAUCCGAUUGGACGUCCAUCUGGUUAUACAUGUUUUUGUCCAAAUAAUCAAUUCACAUAUAAUAAGCCGUGUUCAGAUCUUCCAACAACAACUCAGAAAACAACAACAACAACCACAACACGACCUAUUCUGACGCUAUACGAUUCUUUAGGUCGCGUUCAAGGAUACAUAAAUUUAACCGAAAACGCCCAAGUUGCAGAGCGAGAUCACAUGUCCUCGUUUUACAGGGGUGCCGCAGUUCGUGGAUCAAAGCCGAGAUCUGUUGGUAUUUAUCGAGUAAGAUUUCUCAUUGAACGAAUGUAUUUGAACAGAAAACUGUUUAUCGGUGUUCAAUCGUCCACUGUAUCCCAAUGCACUUACAAUAUGGGCUAUGAAGAUAUUUACGAGAGUACCGCAAACUGUUACUAUACGCCGGCAACAGGAUGGUUUGGUAAUAACUCCAUUGCCAUGCAUGGUAGAGGAUAUGAUAGCUCUACGUCAGCUGGACCCGACUAUACCGGCAACUAUGAACAAUAUUACAUAACAAAUGAUAUUGUAACUCUAAUUAUCAAUUGUGAGGAAGCCACAUUGACGUUAAAAAACGAGCGUACCAAUAAAGAAUAUCAAAUGUUUAUUAAUGAUCAUAAAAGUUAUUACAGCCGAUUACCUUGGAUCAUAUAUAUUAAUCUAUACUAUCCAGGUGAUAAAAUAAGACUUUUGCCAUUAGAAGAUCUUUAA